AUGAUGAUGCAAGUCUACGAAAACCAGAGAGGCCCUCAUGGCGCGAUCAACCAUUCUAUGGGUCCUGUGAUGAGGAAUCAAGGUCCAUGUAACCCACGCUACAUGCCUUUUCCGGCCAAUCACCGCAACCAGAUCCCGCCGGUCGGCCAUUUUCAGCCCCAGUUUCUUCCUCCACGACCAAACUUCUACCCUUCUCCACAAACCCUAGCGCCACCUCAACAAUCUGUCCCUCAUCGUCAACCACUGCAAGGUUUGAAUCCGGUAGUCUCAAGCCUACUCGGGUCUCUUAUGGCACAAGGUGUCAUCUCGUUGAAAAACCAAAGAGGAGGAGGACAGGCGGGUACUACUACCCGUUUAAACCCUGUUCCAAAAGCUGCUCCUGUUCCAGUAGUGCUUCCUGGUCUGAUCGACGCUCUCCUGGCUCAAGGUGUGUUGAAGAAACCAAAAGAGGAGAAGGAAGAUGUGGUGGGGUGUGAGUUUUCGGGCCUUAAUCUAAAUCGGCGCCGCGAGUCGGUGGUGGCCGGGUUGUAUGAGGGUGGUCUGCCAAGCCAGUGCAAAACCUGUGGCCUGCGGUUCAAGUCUCAAGAAGAGCACAGUAGCCAUAUGGAUUGGCAUGUCAAGAAGAACCGCGUGUCCAAGAACGUCAAGCACAUCCGCUCUCGUAACUAUUUUGCAACUAAAGACAUGUGGGGUGUUUCCGAUGCCGAGGCUGCGGCGGCGGUGCUACUUUGUGGGGCGGAGAAGAAGAGGAAGCUUUGUGAUGAAGAUACGGCUAUUCCUGCCGAUGAGGAUCAGACCAAAUGUGCCUUGUGCGCUGAUGCUUUUGUUGAGUUCUAUAGCCAUAAAACAGAUGAGUGGAUGUAUAAGGAGGCUGUGUACUUGAAUGUGCCUCAGUGGCCGGCGCCGGAGAUGGAGAGGUCACAGUUGGGUCCUAUAGUCCAUGCUGAAUGCUUGCCGGAGGCUAGUCGGAAACGUCUGCGGAUGAGUUAA